AUGCAAGCCGGGGGGCCGGAUAGCGCAGCGAUCUCCGAAGCCCCCAGCAGUGGCAGCGAAGAGUCGGACUGUGAGCCGGGACCAGAGGCCGACACUGAUACGGCGCUUACUGAGGAAUGGGCGAGGGAGCUACUGAUCGGGUCGGGCGUGGUCGGACCGCAGGAGGUACGGGUAGAAUCUCGAGCGGGCGUUGCCGGAGCCCUAAGCAGGGUUCUUGCUGUCACAGUACGUUAUGAGAGCGACGGCGAGCGCGUAGCUUUGCCCCUGGUUGUAAAGCUACCACCUCGGGAUCCCUUCGGGAGGCUUUUUGUAGCUGAAGCUCAAUUUGAUACACGGGAAAUACUUUUCUAUACUGAACUUGCGCCAGCUCUGAACCGACUGGCCGAAGAGUCUUUGGGUCCUGGACAGGGGCUCCCGAUACCCAAAUGUGUGAAGGCCAAGCUACCGGAUGAAAUCGGAGGCGACAGUGAGCUGGUUCUUGAAGACGUAACGUCCAUUGGAUACGAUUCAGCAGACUUCGCUGAAGGGCUGACAGUAGAACGUGCUAGAGCGGCGCUGUAUGCAGCAGCGAGAUUACACGCUUUGUCCCUAGCGUUACGAGAGAGAGAAGGUCCACUUGACCAAAGAUUUGACUUCCUUUUCCCUUGUGAGCGGGCCGCGGCUGGUUAUUUACGGCUUGUGCGAAGAGGGCUGCCACAACUUGAAGCGUUUCUGCGAGGACGCACAGACUGUAUUGAAGAGGCGGCAGCUGUUUCGGCCCUGAGUGCACGAGCGCCAUCCCUUUUAGGUACGUUACUGAGACCUGCCGAACCCGCUCCCCUUGCACACGCUGACUUUUGGAGUGGCAAUCUUCUAUUUAGAGAAAAGGAUGGUGAAAGCGAAUGUAUAGCACUUGAUUGGCAAAUGGUUUCCCUGGGGAGACCGAUGGAUGACGUGGCGCUAUUGCUAUUGUCAUCACUCACACCGGAAAUGAGGCGAGCUGUCGGCGAGUCUUUAAUAGAAGACUAUGGUGAUAGGCUGGAGGCUGAAUGUAAAAGAUUAGGUGCUACUACAUCAGGUGUUGUGGUUAGAAAAGGUCUGAAGCCCGAUUGGCCAAGAGCAGCGCUAAGAGCGCUUCUGUUGUGUGCCGGUAGUGUAGAUGUUGCCCUUGGAGAUCCUAGAGCCGAACAGCGGUUGUUGGAAGCAGUAAAAGACCUCCAUGCUCAAGGUGUCUUAUUUUUAAAGCCUGAUACAGACGCGUAA